AUGGAUAAAUUCUUGCGUGAAUGGCGGCAGGAAGCCGUCAACAAUCAUCAGUACGAGACAGCCAUUUUCGUCGGCGACAAGGUGCUCGCCCUCACAGGAGCUGACGAAGACUCAUUUUAUCUGGCGCAGGUCCACUUCAGUACCGGCAACUAUAGUCGUGCGCAGUCGUUUCUCGCUCGUGGUAACCUGCUCGACCGCAACGCGCAAUGCCGGUAUAUGGCAGCCCACUGCGCGAUAAAGCUAGGCAAGACAGAGGAGGCAUUGGCGAUACUGGGCGACAAAAAUCCCACCCAUCUUAUAACGGCACCAGGUAGCGCACGCCAAAAGCUACGACACGUAGAUGUAAACACUCGGGCGGGCGCACGGCACAAUAAACAUGGCUCGCGUUCAGAACGCGUCCCAACGAGCGAGGAGCGCGACAAGGAAGACGUUAAUAACAUCAAGUCAGAGGCGGGCAUGUGCUAUCUGCGGGGUCUCUGCUAUGCCAAACAGAAUGCCUUCGACCGGGCCAAAGAGUGUUACAAGACGGCCUGCCAGAUUGACGUACAGUGCUUCGAAGCUUUCGACGCCCUUAUGACCAACUCGCUCAUGUCUCCCACCGAAGAGUGGAAGUUCCUCGAUUCACUAAAUUUCGAUACCAUCAGCGUCCCCAACAACCCUUCGCUUUCGCAAGAGGCCGCAGAGUUCACCAAGACCUUGUACACAACGCGCUUAUCCAAGUAUUCGCGACCGAAUGAGUUCGAAGAGGCUGUGGAACAGCUGACGACACACUACAAUCUCGCUAACAACCCCGACAUCAUCCUUGCCAAAGCCGAACAGCGCUACACGAAUUGCCGCUUCCGCGAAGCUCUCGAGUUGACCUCAUCUGUCCUCAGGGAAGAUAAGUAUAAUUUCGCAAUACUGCCUGUGCAUCUCGCUUCGUUGUACGAGCUUCAGCAGCGUAAUGUUCUGUUUUUGCUUGCGCACGAGCUUACAGACACACAUCCUUCGGAGCCAUGCACCUGGCAUGCUGUGGGCAUAUACUAUCUGGCAACACACCGCAUCGCCGAAGCACGUAGAUACUUCUCCAAGGCUUCAGUCAUGGAUCCGCAUUUUGGACCUGCUUGGAUAGGCUUCGCGCACACGUUCGCUGAAGAAGGCGAACACGAUCAAGCCAUUUCGGCAUAUUCCACCGCCGCGCGGCUGUUCCAGGGCACUCACCUUCCGCAGCUCUUCCUCGGUAUGCAGAACCUGCAGCUUAAUAACAUGACACUUGCACACGAAUAUCUCGAUACUGCAUACCAGCUCUGCACCACCGACCCGCUCUUGCUCAACGAAAUGGGCGUCGUAUUCUACCACGAAGACCAUCUCCCCAAUGCCAUCUCCAUGUUCCGCCGCGCCCUUGCAAUCAGCGAACAGAACAACGCCGAUGUCUCGUCGCUCAUCCCUAUCCGCACGAACCUCGGGCACGCCCUCCGCCGCGACGCUCAGUUAGAGGAAGCCCUACAAACCUUUGAAGACGUUCUGCGCCAUGGUGUCAAAGAUGCUUCUGUGUUCUCUGCGAAAGGACUUGUGCUGCUUGAGCUCGGGAGAACUUGGGACGCUGUCACAGCGUUCCAUGAGGCGCUCGCAGUGGCACCACAGGAUCCUAUGGCCACAGAUUUGCUCAAUCGUGCACUCGAAGCCAACGAAGACGACGCGAGUUUUGCGGGCGUGGAUAAGACUAUUGGUAAUGAGCAAAGCAUGGGUGGGGAAGGCAGCGACGAAGAGAUUGAGGAGGUGGAACGCUUGCUCGGCGGUAGGCUUAGGGGAGAUUCAGCAGAACAAAGUGGCAGGCAGGAGCCGGAGGAGAAGAAAUGUCCCUAUGGAUGA